AUGGAUUUCACGCAGGGCACGGAGACGACUCAAGAUGGGACGUAUGUCGCAUCACAGCUCGCUGGCUUCCUGGGCAACUUCAUUAUCAUCUUCUCUGAGGUCGAGCACAAGAACCUGGAUAUUACUGGAGAAUUUUACGCCGAGGUUGCUGUCGCUAACGAGUACGGUGUCAAGUAUGCUAAGACGUUAGGUUUGACAAGCUCGGACUUGUCCACCCUCAAGCGCUACCUCAGCCAAUGCUGCAGCCUCGGCUUCACGGACAAAUACUUCAAGAACCCGAGUUGA